CCGCCAACUGGAUUUAUCCCCAGUAAAAGAAGGCGCUCCUCCCUAUAUGCACGUCCUACCUAUCAUCUUAUUCGAGUGUAACAGUGAUAACAACGCGAUCCACAUACCAAGUCAUAUUUUUCUCUCCCUUUUUCAUUACAUUGGCCUUCGGGAUAUCAGGCAACUUGCAAGUCUGACAUUUACCACUACCCGUCAAUCAAUAUUGGGUCAGUUGAUGGCCGGUUCACUAUCUUUGAUCUUGCUCUGCCUGCAAGUGGUCUCCACAGUAUUAGGGAAUUCGGAUCCUAGUGCUCAAAUACAUCGUCGCUCCCCACAAAAGCCUUCCAAACCACCUGUCUCUAACACCAAAGCUAAUGCAAAACCAGUCCCAUUUGGCUUUGGGUCCAAAGUUACUGGCGGCGGAAAUGCCGCCCCUCAAACCCCAAAAGAUCCUGCCGAACUGGAAGCCUGGUUGAACGACCCAGCUCCGAGAGUCAUCUUGAUCAGCAAAACUUACGACUUCACUUCUCCUAAUAUCACAAAAACUAGCGGAUGGUAA